AUGUCUGAUUUACACGCUAUCUCCACCACUCUCGGCGAACAGCUAAUGUCAGAGGAGCCUUCCUUCUGGUGCCACAACAAAACGUUCUGGAAGACUUAUGACGCCUAUGUGUACGCGUACAACUAUCACGUCAACAAACAACGCGAGGCAAGCAAAGAGAUCAACUUCGUCGAGGCGGUCAGGAUAGCCAUGUACGACGUCUUUUGCGAGAGGUGUACCCAGCGUAAAGCGAUGAGAGAUGCUAUCCGCGCCGACAAAAACUUCCUUAGCGGCAGACAUCAAAAGCCCGAUAUUUUGUCUUUUCCGCGCACUCCGGCACGUGACGCCCUCUACGAAAACUGGCACCGCUUCGCUCAAACUGUCGCCUGGACUUGCUCAGACAUCACUCGUAACCAUAUCAGUGACUAUCAAAACAGACCUGCAGUGUAA